AGCCAACUCCCCGCCCGCCUGCCGCGCGCUUCUGUUUGAGAUUGUGUGUCUUUGCCCUUCUCUCUCUCUCUCUCUCUCUCUCUCUCUCGCUCCCUCCAGGGGUUGGGUGGCGGGAAGGGCGCCGAAUCGAGGGCCUUCUGCCAAGCAGGGCCGGGGGGCCUUUGGGGCCAAUGCCAGGGCCUGUGCCAAGCCUCGGCCCGCCCUCCAGCUGGUUUGGACUUGGACUUGAAGCCCAAAACACUUGGAGGGAGGGCCGAAGUUGGCCCAGGCCUGCUCUGUGAGGUGUUCAUUGAGAAACCAGAGUUCAAUGUACUGCAGGAUAUAGAAUCAUAUAGAAUCAUAGAGUUGGAAGAGACCUCAUGAGCCAUCCAGGCCAACCCCCUGCCAAGAAGGGAGAUGUUGACAAGCUGGAAACGGCAACUAAAAUGAUCAAGGGUCUGGAGAACAAACCGUAUGAGGAGUGGCUUAAAGAGCUGGGUAUCUUUAGCCUGCAGAAGAGAAGGCUGAGAGGAGACAUGAUAACCAUAUAUAUUGUGGAGCCUCCGGUGGCCUAGGGGAUAAAAGCCUCAUGACUUGAAGGUUGGGUUGCUGACCUGAAAGCUGCCAGGUUCGAAUCCCACCACUCUCAGCUCCCUCUCUCAGCUCUAGCUCCAUGCGGGGACAUGAGAGAAGCCUCCCACAAGGAUGGUAAAACAUGGGGCGUCCCCUGGGUAACCUCCUUGCUGACGGCCAACUCUCUCACUCCAGAAGCAACUCCGGUUGCUCCUGACACGAGAAAAAAAAAGCUAUAUACAAACAUGUGAGGGGAAGUCAUAGGGAGGAGGGAGCAAGCUUGUUUUCUGCUGCCCUGCAGACUAGGACACAGAACAGUGGCUUCAAACUAUAGGAAAGGAGAUUCCACCUGAACAUCAGGAAGAACUUCCUCACCGUGAGAGCUGUUUGGCAAUGAACUCUCUGCCCCAGACUGUGGUGAAGGCUCCUUCUUUGGAGGCUUUUAAGCAGAGGCUGGAUGGCCAUCUGUCGGGGGGUGCUUCGAAUGAGAUUUUCCUGCUUCUUGCAGGGGGUUGGACUGGAUGGCCCAUGAGGUCUCUUCCAACUCUACGAUUCUAUGAUCUAUGAUUCUAUAAGAAGCAGGUAAUCGUAUUCAAAGCACCCCUGACAAAUGGCCAUCCAGCCUCUGCUUAAAAACCUCCACCAGACUUAGCAAAAUGUUGUUGUUUUUUUUCAGUUUAAUACACUGUUUCCAUGCUUUUGUAAAAAUGAUAGAAAGGUAAAGGUUUCCCCUGAUGUUAAGUUCAGUCGUGUCUGACUCUGGGGGUUGGUGCUCAUCUCCAUUUCUAAGCUGAAGAGCCGGCAUUGUCCGUAGACAUCUCCAAGGUCAUGUGGCCAUUGGCAUGACAGCAUGGAGCGCUGUUACCUUCCUGCCGGAGCGGUACCUAUUGAUCUACUCACAUUGGCAUGUUUUUGAACUGCUAGGCUGGAAAAGCUGGGGCUAACAGCGGGCGCUCACUCUACUCCCGGGAUUUGAACCUGGGACCUUUUGGUCCGCAAGUUCAGCAACUCAGCACUUUAACACACUGUGCCACCAGGGGCCCAAAAAUGAUAGAACCAAUGAGGAAAUGGCAUUGAUCCGUCCCGAACAAAAAUUGUGUUACAUAAUGUAACGUGAGAAAGUCAGCCCAGAGGGUUAUCUGGUCCACAUCUGUGUGCUCUAAACAAUCAGCUGUUUCUCUGGGUGCGUCUACUACACUAGGCAUGGGCAAACUUGGCCCCUCCAGGCAUUUUGGAUUUCAACUCACACCAUUCCUAACAGCCCCUGGUCCUUUCCGUUUCCCCCUCAGACACUUAAGUGGAAAAGGAAGGGGCCUGAGGCAGUUAGGAAUGGUGGAAGCUGAAGUCCAUAACAUCUGGAGGAGCACAGAUUGUGUUGGACACCACUUGAACUGCCCUGGCGCAAUGCUAUGAAAUUUGUAAUUUGGGGAGGCACCUUCACUCUUUGGCAUAGAUGGCUACAUCAAAAGGUUUAAUGAAACCACAACUCCCAUGAUUCUUGUAGCUCAAUCCGUGCAUCAUUGAGCCCAUGGCAGCUAAAGCGGUGUCCCGUGUAGAUGCCAACAAGUAGGCCAUGGUUGUUGUUUCUUUAUCGUGUCAGAAGCCACUUGAGAACAUGCUGCAUGCUGCUUCUGGUGUUAGAGAAUUGGCCGUUUACAAAGACGUUGCCUAGGGGAUGCUGGGAUGUGCUAGAGCUGACAGACGGUAGCUCAUCCCAUCUUGUGGAUUCGAACUGGCAACCUUCAGGCCAGGAGUUCAGCCACCACAAAGGUUUACCCAUUGCGCCACCAUGGCUCUAGGCCAUGGUGACAGCACCAUACUAUUCUCAGCUUCCCCAAACUGCAAUGGAGGAUGUAGUUCUGUGUAUAUUUACCUGGAAGGAGGUGCUUCCUUAGAUAUCCUGGCACUUUUUUCUGAGCAAACAAGCACAGAAUUAGGCAAAACAGCAUACUGUGAGUGCUUCUUGGUUUGUGGCGUUUUUUAGCAGCAUUAAUAUAGGCAGCUUUGGCGUGAAUGCGGGAUCGUCUGUGUUCUCUCUUGGCUAGCACAUACCUAAAUCUAGCACCAGCUUUCAAGGAUAACAAUUUUAUAUGGCGUACGAUUGUGGCUUUGACUCCAUUGUCAUUUUACCCCUAUUUGAGAGGGCAAGAGGUGUGUGGCUGUGUGUAGAAAAAUAAAGUAUGACCCUUUUAUCUGGAGGAUAGGAUCAGCAUUUUUCUUUACCCAUGUGUGAUAAAAUAAGUCCUACCUAAGGUAGUGAUAGGUCUCUAGUGAAUCCCCACCAGGCAGAAAGAUCAGAGUUUCUAUCUAUCAAAUAAAUACAUAAAUUUAAAAUUAUUUAAAAUGGUUCAAUGAGCAUAUGAAACCACUACGGUACAUAUUAAAAGCAGUCAGUGCAUACUUUAACGUUCACAAUUUGAAAAUCACUUAGAUAGGCCAGCCAGGGGAGAAUGUUCUUUCCUGCUGUUUUAAACUCAGAUAGCAUAUCCAGCUAACGAUCCUUGUUCUACAAUCUUGAUGCAGUUAUAAUGACAUGUAGUCACACUAAAUCCAUAAUGUUCUACUGCACUCCUCAUUUUAUUUGCUCUAACAGACCGACAUGGCCACCUCUCUAGAAUUCGUUUUGAUGGUGAUAACAGAUGCACCAUUGCAGAAAAUUUGGGGAAUGGAUCAAAGGGGCAAUUGCUUCAUUCCUGUAUCUUUAUGUAAAGACACAGGAAUGCAUCUGGCAAAAAAAUUGGCAGCUUUUGAAGUUGAAUAUCCAAGGCUUCUUUCUAGACGGCUUGGCCUCUGGCCCCAUUGUGCUCCCUCCCCGCUGGCAGAGGGUCACUGGAAUAUUGGGCCCCUCCCCCUUGUAGGAGUGGGGUUUAUGUGUGUUGGGGACUGGAGUAAUCUCCUUUUCAAACCAAACGUCAUAAUGGCUCCUCUUAAGAACUAAAGGAUGACUAAUGUUUUCUAUAUGCACACACAUCCAUAUACAUUAACCCCUGAGGAAGAACAAAAUAUUUCAUUGGUUUUUCCUUUGCAGUCCAGAUGGGUUUAAAAUUAGGUCAUCCUGGCCUGCAACUUCCAUUAUGAAUUGUUUUGAGAGUAAUUUUCUAUAGCAGUUCUCCAGAAUUUUACAUAUUCUGUUCAAAUGUUGACAGGUUGAUGGAUUGUGUAAUUUAGCCAUGUGUUGUUACACUGCAGUAGACACAUCCCUAUCAUUUUAAAGUUUUUCUCCACUAUAAUAUUUCAUUUGACAUGUUUCAAGGAUAUGUGGGUGACGCCUUUGUAAUUAACCCGGUAAGAAGAACUUAGAUCAGGCUUUAAGGUCUCUCAGCAUGCUUCGUGGUGAAUACAGACUUCAAUCAGAGAUUCUUUGCUGCCUAAUAUUCAAAAUACCGUAGUUGUAUUAUUUUUGGUGCAUUUAGGCCCAAUGUGUAUAACAGGAAAUCCUAAGCCACCUGCUACUAAUGAUUCUGCCAAAGUAGUUUAUUUUUACUUUAUAUAUCUACCCAUCUGUUCAUCGUAAAAUCAGAAUCUUGUAGUGAUGUGUGACUUCCUGGAACCUGCCUUUUUUCACAGUAUUUAGGUAAUAUGUUCCUUAGGUCUCAGUCAAAGGUAUUUGACUGAGAUUUGGCCCUCCAUUUGUUUUGGACUCCAACUCCCAGAAGCCCUAGCCAGCUUGUCCAGUGGUCUGGAAUUCUGGGAACUGAACUUCAAAACACACGGAGGGCCACAAGUUUGACGCCACUGGUGUAGGUAGUGCUCUAUUUUAAACGAAACCCCUUUUCCUUUGUUUGUGUAAUUGUUUGUUUGCUUUUGUGAUUUGUUUAGCUGACUCUGUGAUAACCCCUAAGACCCAAACUUCCCUCGAGGGAUGGAUAGUGUUUACUGAUGGCUAUGUAGUUUGCUAAUGGUUAGGUAGGGAUUGUCAGUGAGGCUGAAAUGAUGUUAUUUCAAAUAGUGAUUAAGUCUUUAAAGCACUCAGUGCAAAUAGAGUCUAAAGGGCUUUGGUUUGAAAAGGGGUAUGCGGUAUAUUGUAAGAGUUUGCUCCUUCCAUUGUUGCCUCACCUAAGCCAUGUAAGUUGAUAAGAUUGCAGGCUCCAAAUUGAGAGCUAUUUUUGUGUUGGAAUACAUAUGCAUGACAUGAUAACACUCUUGAGGUUGGACAAAGCAUAAGGUAUUUUAUUUUUAGUAGCACCUUUUAACUGUUCUUUUAACAGUUAUUUUAAUACAGAAAAGUGCUACUGAUGCCAAGUGGUAAAGGUCUUCCUGGAUACAUGAUCAAAUGAGUUGUUUUUCGUUCCAGAAUUAAUAGAGAGCUAGCGUGGUGUAGUGGUUUGAGCACUGGGCUAUGACUCUUUCCAAAUCCCUGCUCAGCCAUGGCAAAGCCACUGAGUGAUCUUGGGCAAGUCACACACCCUCAGCCCUCUCAAAACAAAUGUUGCCAAGAAAAGCCAGUGAUAGGCCGCCGUAAGUCGGAAAUGGCUUGAAGGCACACAACAAGAAUUAAUACUAAAAUUAUUGGAGAGCUUUACUUUAGGCUUACCAGAUUGAGUAACAGUUUAAAUAUAAAUGUCUUAUAUUUUUCUUCAUUGCAUCAUUUUGUUGUCAAACAAAAACCUAACACAAUUUUUCAGUCUUUAAUGUGCCACAAGACCAUUUUAUGUUUUUCUGUAAACUUUCAGUUCAGAGCAGGGGUGUGUGAAAGGGAAGUUUACAGACUGCAAUGAAUCUGCUGCAAAAAAUGGUGCGAGCAAAUUCUACAUAUAUCUAUGAUCUUUAAACAAUCUACAUUUGUAAAUUAAGGAGGUUUAAGAGAUAUACACUAAACACAUUACAAAACUGGGCAUACAGGUGGAGGCUACUGGUACCUCAUUUUCCAGCCCUGUACUAAUCUCUGUCUUUAGACUGAUAUAUAUUUACCCUGAGCAAUUUUUGUUUUCUGGAGGAGUGGAAUUGGCACCGGUUUGUUCAAUGCCAGUAAAAUACUUUUUGAUUAGUAGGGUUGCCCUUGGAAUAACAAUUUUGGGUUACUUUAGUAUUGAUCCAACAAGCCUUUCAUUCAUACUUUGUAUUCAGGGUCCUUCCCAGAGCGAUAGAAUUUACUGUUGCUAUUGUGCCAGCACACUUUUUCUUGGUCACAAAAAAAGGAUGGAACUAUUGACCCUGUUCAUUAAAUCAAAUUGAAUUUGCGCAUAUAAUGAAUCCAAAUCCAAUUUGUAUAUUUGUGGCACUCUUAACUUUAAAAACUAUGUUUUCCUAAGGGAGAUUUUAAGAGUGAUUCUAAUCUGCCAAAGGUGAAUACGUUAACAGUUGCGUAACAAGUACAAAUAAAUUACAUAUUUGUGAGGGAGCCUAUGCAUCCCAACAUUAUUGUUGCAACUUCUGUAGAGAACCUCCUUAAAUUGCACAUAUAUUACUGUACCUAUACAUGUUUGUCUCUCUAUCACAUAACCCAGCACUUCUUUCCUCAGCCACAUGGCUAGGGGCCGAGCCUAGCCAUCAUUUUACCUCCAAUGGACGCAAGUUUCUUUGGUGAAGAUUUCUCCUGAGAGUUCAAGACUAGCAGAAAGACGCGAGGAAAUUGCGACCGUUUGGUUCUUACGGAUAGGUAUUUAUGUAUUUGGGUUUGUGUAAAUGUAAGCUAUUUGCCUUUGCAAAAAAAAUAUUUUGGCAGUGGUGUUGAAUGGUUGAACCAUAGACGGUAAGAGCUAUAAAAGAAUUGGUUCCUCUUUAACUAUUAAGAUAUUUUUGCCUUUAACUGUAUUAGUCUUUAAGGGGGAAUUGAGGCUUCUCUUUAAAAGGAGGUGGGUGAGACAUAAUUAGUCAGACUGAUUUACCCUUAAUUUAACAUAUGAAAUCAUAUUAUCAAAUUAUAUGUGGUAAGUAUUUCUGUAAUGGCAGAAACAAGAGCCCAAAGUUCUUUUCAUUGACCAUCUUUUUCAUGUUGCAGGUAUGAUGGGCGUGGUCACCUGCAUGACCUUUCUGAAUAUGAUGCUGAAUAUUCCACAUGGAACAGAGAUUACCAAUUAUCGGAAGAGGAGGCUAGAAUAGAAGCCCUCUGUGAUGAAGAGAGAGGAAGAAUAUAAGAGGCUGAGUGAAGCUUUGGCCGAAGAUGAUACCUAUAAUGCAGUGGGGUUCACGUAUAGCAGUGAUUAUUAUGAUCCUUCAGAACCCACUGAGGAAGAAGAGCAGCCUUCAAGAGGAAAAGUUUCUGCAAUGAAGAUAGAAAAUUUGGAAGAAAACGAAGAACCUUUUAUUGCUCCCUUGGGUUUGAAUGUACCUUCUGAUGUGGAACUGCCACCAACAGCUAAAAUGCAUGCGAUCAUCGAACGGACUGCAAAUUUUGUCUGCAAGCAGGGGGCCCAAUUUGAGAUUAUGUUGAAAGCAAAACAAGCCCGAAACUCUCAGUUUGACUUUCUGCGGUUUGACCACUACCUCAACCCUUACUACAAAUUUAUUCAGAAAGCUAUAAAGGAGGGACGGUAUGCUACGUCUGCACAAAAGAAGAAAGAUGAGAAAAGAAAUAUAAAUGAAGAUGCAGAUAAAGAUGAUGCUGAUGAAGAUGAUGGUGAUAACUAUCUGCACCCAAGCCUCUUUGCGUCUAAAAAGCACAAUAGACUCGAAGAGCUCAUGAAGCCUUUAAAGGUGGUGGAUCCCGAUCAUCCACUGGCAGUGCUUGUUCGCAAGACGCAGGCUGAAAAUAAUUUGGCUGCCUCUCAGUCAGCGGAAGGAGCAACUGUUCCAUCAUCUCAAAUAGAAUAUUCUUCAGAUUCAACCAUGGCAGCCAUGUAUUACAGUUAUUACAUGUUACCAGAUGGAAGCUAUUGUCUCGCUCCUCCACCCCCGGGAAUUGACAUGGCCACUUACUACAGUGCUCUGCCAGCAGGAGUAACUGUGUCUAGCACUACAGGAGUAGCCACAAUAACUGCACCUCCACCUCCUGGCACUAUACCACCACAAUCCUCCGAGGCAGCUGAUGAAAGUCGUGGAGGAAUAUCUGCCACGACUUCAUCAACAAGCACAAUUCCCCCUGUGGUUGCCAUCAUCCCCCCACCUCCAGACAUCCAACCUGUUAUUGACAAGCUAGCUGAAUAUGUUGCAAGGAAUGGGAUUAAAUUUGAGACUAGUGUUCGUUCCAAGAAUGAUCCCAGAUUUGAGUUUUUGCAGCCCUGGCAUCAGUACAAUGCCUACUAUGAAUUUAAGAAGCAAUUCUUCCUUCAAAAAGAGGACAAUGACAGCUCAAAGCAUGUUGCAUCUUUGUCAGAGGAUAUCCCAGUGAGCACUGCCAGUGAUGUACCUGGAGAAACUCCGUUUUCUACUGACCAGACAUCGGAAGAUCUGGAGUCUGUUUCCCAAGGAAGUAAUAAAAAGGACCCAAAUAUCAUCAAAGUUGGUAAUGAUGGCAAACUGGUGAAAGCCUCCUUUGCACCAAUCAGUUUUGCAAUCAGAGUCAAAGAGAAUGACUUGCUCCCUUUGGAGAAAAACCGUGUGAAAUUAGAUGAUGACAGUGACGAGGAAGGGGAAGAAGGCAAAGAAGGUCAAGAGAAUGCAAGUAGCACAUCUAACAGUGGCGUAGCAUUUGCAUCGUCCAGUAAUGCUCCUGAAGAAAGGAAGCCUCAGCUUACUCAGGAGGAGCUGGAGGCCAAACAAGCAAAGCAAAAACUCGAGGACAGAUUGGCAGCUGCAGCCAGGGAAAAGCUAGCUCAAGCAUCUAAGGAGUCAAAAGAAAAGCAACUUCAGGCAGAAAGAAAAAGGAAAGCUGCUCUGUUUUUGCAGAAUCUGAAGAAUCCCUUGGCAGAUGCAGACGUUGAGAAAAUGGAGGAGAAUGCUUUUAAUAUAGAGACAAUCAGUAACAUGCCCUGCAGUCUGUUGACUGGCAUUAAGACAUUGCCAGCCUUGGAAGCCAAGAUGCCUGAAAGUCCUUUAAGCAGAAGCAGAGAUCUCCCUAGAGAAGAAGAAAAGGAAAAGAAGAAAAAGAAACACAAGAAAAGAUCAAGAUCAAGAUCCCGGUCACCUCUUUCCAAGUAUCACUCGUCAUCUAAGUCCAGGUCUCGAACACAUUCGAAAGCAAAGCAUUCUCUCCCAACUGCUUAUAGAACUGUCCGACACUCAAGGUCUCGAUCCAGAUCACCAAGGAGAAGGGCACAUACACCUGAAAGGCGCAGAGAAGAAAGAAGUGUCCCAACAGCGUAUCGUGUUACCAACAGUCCAGGAAUGAGCAGGAGGCGCACACGUUCUAGAAGUCCCAAUGAAAGGAAGAAACGGAGAUCUCAUUCCCACAGCAAAUCCAAAGCGAGGUCUCAUUCACCCUCGAUCUCACCAAGCAAACAGUUGGUGUAUAAGAACUCAACUCAUUCUGCUAGUGUCUCUCCUGUGGAGAGCAGGGGAUCCAGCCAAGAACGUGCUGGGGGAGCUUCUUUGGAAAAAGAAGGCCAGAUUUCUUCAGCAAUUGUUUCAUCUGUUCAGAGUAAAAUAACUCAGGAUCUUAUGGCCAAGGUGAGGGCUAUGCUCGCCGCUUCCAAAAACAUCCCAACGAGUGCCUCCUGAGACUGGAAAAACUGAUCUUUUAGAAGAUAAUAUGCAGAUGGAAUCUUGGCUUAGAUGAUUCCCAACUCCUUUUGACCAACAGCAGAUUUCAAGAGUCAAGAUCCCUUUUUGUGUACAGACGAUCUUACCCUUGGACCAUUGCUGAAUUUUCAACAUGGAACUUCCUUUUGAUAAUAUACGGCCUUUUGGAAUUUUGUAAAUUACAUUUUGUCUGCCUCUUCAGUAAGGAUUUUGCCAUGAUGACGAUAUGUAAAUUGUAAAUGCAAUAUUCCUGCAAGUGUCACACAAAUAAACACGCAGAAAACA